AUGCGUAGACAAGGACAGCCGGGUGAUGUGGAGGAGGAGUCGUGCAGCGAUGAUGAUGGGAGUUUCGGUUUGGUGGAAGGGAUUGGCGAAGAGGAUGAGGAGGGACGUGAUGAUCGCGAUACCGUGACAUAUGGUGGGGCGCUGAUCGAGGUGUUUGCAUGGGAUGGGAGGGCAGCAGGGAAGGGGAAGACAGCCGGGGUUGGGAGGGCAACGGGGCAGCGGAGGACAGGCGGGGUUGGGAGGGCAGCAGGGGAUGGGAGGGCUGCAGGGGAUGACAGGGCAACCGGGGAGCGGAGGACAGUCGGUAAUGCGAGGGCAGCAGGGGAUGGGAGGGCUGCAGGGGAUGGGAGGGCAGCAUGGGAUGGCCAGGCAGCACGGGAUGACAGGGCAGCAGGGGAGCGGAGGACAGGCGGGGUUGGGAGGGCAGCAGGGACUGGGAGGGCAGCAGGGGAUGGCCAGGCAGCACGGGAUGACAGGGCAGCAGGGGAGCAGAGGACAGGCGGGGUUGGGAGGGCAGCAGGGACUGGGAGGGCAGCAGGGGAUGGCCAGGCAGCACGGGAUGAAAGGGCAGCAGGGGAGCGGAGGACAGGCGGGGUUGGGAGGGCAGCAGGGACUGGGAGGGCAGCAUGGGAUGGCCAGGCAGCACGGGAUGACAGGGCAGCAGGGGAGCGGAGGACAGGCGGGGUUGGGAGGGCAGAAGGGACUGGGAGGGCAGCAGGGGAUGGCCAGGCAGCACGGGAUGACAGGGCAGCAGGGGAGCGGAGGACAGGCGGGGUUGGGAGGGCAGCAGGGACUGGGAGGGCAGCAGGGGAUGGCCAGGCAGCACGGGAUGACAGGGCAGCAGGGGAGCGGAGGACAGGCGGGGUUGGGAGGGCAGCAGGGACUGGGAGGGCUGCAGGAUACGAGAGGCCAACUUGGGUCCCAGGAAGCGUUACAAGGGCAUAA